AUUUUGGAGCUCUCUAGGUUCUGUGGUGAUGAGGUUAAAUUACAUGAAGACUUGUGUUUCAUUUUUAUUGAUCUUUGGAUGUUCAAGGGUUAUUGAACUUUAAGUGUAGUUGCUUACAACAUUAAGAUUAGUUUAUUGUAGUUUUGAAAUGUUUAUGUGGUGGUGUGUUCCCCUCAAAAAUGCUGAAGGAGAUAAGGAUAUUUUUUUCAGCAAAUCUAAUGGACAUUAUCCUUUUUUACUAUCCAUGGUGCUGAAAGUGAAAGCAAAAGCAGGUUUAGACUGUGAUGGUUUGGAGUAAAGUUUUUGAGGCUCUAUCUCUUUUUUUCUUUCUAUAUUAAAAUGCUUUCGCCAGUCACAUAAACAGGCACUUUGAAUAAUCUACUACUACAUAGUUACAUUUUUUUAUUUUUCUUUUUGAACAUUUUAAGGAUAUGGAACUAAGACGUUGUCUGCUAUAGUGCUUGGGAGCAUUUCUAAGUCGCACUUAUAAUGCUGUCCGUGGUGCUGAAAAUGAUAGCAAAAGUCAGUCCAGACGUUUUGUUCUUUAUUUAUUUCUUUUGUAUGCUCUGUUGGGUUUUUCUUUUAGAAACUUUUACCAGACCCAUAAAUGAACACAUUGAAAAACUGACUUUUACAUACUUUGACUGUUUUGAUUAUUGUUUGCCUCUUGACUUAAUAAGCGGUCGGAUUUAGUGCUUGAAAAAAAUAUUUCUAAGCGCCCCUGUGAUGCUGUCCAUGGUGCUGAACAUGGGAAUAACAGUCAGUACAGUCUUUUUAAAUGUUUUUAACAAAAGUUUGAUUUAAUAUUUUGAUUAAAAAAUAAUAGUAAUAAUAAUAAAUUUGACGUUUACCAGUCAGAUAAGUUGACACUUGUAAAAUAUACGUCUUCAUAUUUUGAUUUUGCAGGUGCUAGUGUAUUGUUACGCCCCAUGGUGAGGUGCUUAACAAUUGGUGAGGAGCCUGAUUUAUUGCUUGGGGAGAUUUCCAACACGUUUAGGCUUAGCAAAAAAUGUCUUAAUAAAUAGUAUUUCAGGAUUAGCGUUUAAAAGGGAUGUGCAUUUUAUUUAAUGCCUUAUUUUAUAUAGGAUGAAGCCAUGCUUGUGCGCUCCCUUUUUUUUCCCUUUUUUUUAAAUAGAGCUGUCGACAAAAUGUGUCUAAAGCAAAAUAGGGGCACAAUAAAAGCAAAAAAGAAACAAACACAGAGAGAGAGACACACUCAAGCAAAAGUUUAGGUCAAAUGAUUUAUGUUGGCUACAUAUCUGCAACACUUACAGGCUAUAUAAGCUACACGCGCAAAACAUGUAAAAGUUAACAUUUUUGAACCUUCAAAGUAGCAAAACACAAUAGCAAAAAUACAGGCAGACUAAUUUAUAGCCUAUAUUCAUCCACCUCAUCGAAUAUACUUUAGAUCAAUAGAUUAGUAUAGCAAAAAAAAAAAGCUGCGAGUUUAGGGUUUUUUUUUUUUUUUUUUGGCUGUUUUCUCAGUACAUUACGCGGCAGUUAAAUGUGGAACGGAUCAUAAAAAAAUAGAAAUUUUCAAGUUCAUCCCUGACUAUAAUCUGUACUGUAAUAACAGCUCGCAGGGUGUCACUAAUGUAAAAGUGGAUGACUCUUGGUUGGAUAUGCUCUUCUUAUUGGUUGCAUCACGUUUUGGGGCGAUGGCUUCAAAUCUUUUGUUUUUUUGCAGGGCUUUCAUCAUCGGUGUGGUUGCGCGUUGCCAGCUGCUUUUUCUAUGAAUUUUCUCUUGAAAAAUCAGACUUAAAAACGAUUUUGUUUUUUGCAUAUCGUUUUUUUUUUAUUAUAAUUUUGCUUGGAAUGGACAAUGGCUCGAGCAGGAAAUAUAAAGUGGUCUGAGCUUCUGCCCGCGCUUCUAGUUUUUCUAGGUCUUCAUUUAAAUUUCACUUUGGCACAACUGCGAUAUGCUAUUCCAGAAGAACUCACGGUGGGGACUAUUGUUGGGAAUAUUGCUAAAGAUGUCGGUCUGGACCGCAGUGCUCUGGAAACGAGGGGGUUUCGCAUUGUCUCGGGAUCCGCCGUACCCCUCUUUGAGCUCAACGAUAACGGAGUGUUAACCAUUCACCGCAAAAUAGACCGAGAAGAGGUGUGCGCAGGCGUCACCAACUGCAUUAUCAACAUAAAGACGGUGCUGGAGAAUCCGCUGGAGGUCCACUAUGUCGGUGUAGAGAUUCUGGAUGUGAACGACCACUCUCCCACCUUUCCUGACAACGAGACGCACCUAGAAAUUUCGGAGUCUGCUUUACCCGGAGCGCGAUUUCAGCUCCAAGCGGCCGGUGAUCCUGACAGUGGCGCGAAUUCUGUUCAGAAUUAUAAGCUCAGUCAGAAUGAUCAUUUUCGCUUGGAGGUCAAAGACAGAGGGGAUGAUGGUAAAAUCCCUAUUCUGUAUUUGCAGAAACCGCUGGACAAAGAAGCUGCGCGUCAUCACAUUUUGCGCCUUACGGCUGUUGAUGGCGGAAAGCCUGCGAGAUCAGGGACGAUGACAAUUGUUAUAAAUGUUUUAGAUACUAACGAUAAUAUGCCAGUUUUUGUGAAAGAAUCAUAUAGUGCUAUGCUUGAGGAAAAUUCCCCCGUUGGCACAAGUGUUAUUCAAAUGAACGCCACAGAUUUAGAUGAUGGUUUAAACGGGGAGGUGGUUUAUUCCUUUGGGAAUAAUGUAAACAAUAAAAUACAUAAAUUGUUUGAAAUUGAUGCUAAUACAGGAGUUAUAACUGUGAAAGGACUGAUAGAUUUUGAAGGAAAAGAUAAAUACGAGAUUGACAUCAAAGCUUCUGAUAAAGGAUUGGCUCCCUUAGCAACAGAAAAAAGUGUCAUGAUAACUAUUGUUGAUCUAAAUGAUAACGCACCGGAGAUUGAGGUGACAUCUUUAUCAAAUGCUGUUCCAGAGGACUCUAAACCUGGAAGAACAGUUGCACUGUUAAGUGUGACAGAUAGAGAUUCAGGUGUGAAUGGAAAGGUAAUCUGUUCCAUCACUGAAGAUGCACCUUUUACAUUAACUCCUUCAUCACAAGAAAAUAUGUAUUCCAUAAUUACAAAGUCUGUCCUUGAUAGAGAACGUCAGUCUAGCUAUACACUAACAAUAGUUGCAAAAGAUGCUGGUGAAACACCUUUGUCAUCUCAACUGACAAUAGGUGUGAAAGUCUCAGACGUGAAUGAUAAUAGUCCAAAGUUUUCCUCAAAUCCUUUUACGUUUUACUUGGCUGAAAAUAAUGCAGUUGGAGUUCCUCUGUUUUCUGUUAGUGCUCAUGACAGUGAUGAAGGUGAAAAUGCUGUUUUAUCCUUUUCUAUGGCAAAAAAUGAUAAUGGAAACACAAAAAUAGCAUCAUUUCUGAGCAUUAACUCAGAAACAGGAGAAAUUUCAGCUCUGAAAAGUUUUGACUUUGAAAGUGUGAAAACGUUCCAGUUCCACGUUGUUGCCACAGAUUCUGGAAGUCCUCCUCUGAGCAGCAACGUGACAGUGAACGUGUUCAUUCUGGAUCAGAACGACAACGCUCCAGUCAUCCUGUAUCCAGUCAGCUCCAACGGUUCUGCUGAAGGGGUGGAGGAGAUUCCCCGCAACGUGAACGCAGGACACUUGGUGACUAAAGUGCGAGCCUAUGACGCUGAUAUAGGAUAUAACGGCUGGCUGCUGUUCUCACUGCAGCAAGUGACUGACCACAGUCUCUUUGCUUUGGACCGCUAUACAGGACAGAUCCGAACUCUCCGCUCGUUCACAGAGACAGACGAGGCUGAACACAAACUGCUCAUCCUGGUCAAAGACAAUGGCAACGUUUCCCUCUCAGCAACAGCUACUGUCAUUGUCAAACUUGUGGAGCCCAAAGAGGCUUUUGCAGCUUCUGAUGUUCAAAGUGCAGCAGCGGAGGAUGAAGACAGUCACGUGACUUUCUACCUCAUCAUCACUUUGGGCUCCGUUUCCCUGCUGUUUCUCAUCAGCAUCAUCGUGCUGAUUGCAAUGCAGUGCUCCAAGUCCACAGACUAUACUUCCAAAUAUCUGCCAGAGCCCAAUUAUGAUGGAACACUGUGUCACAGCAUCCAGUACAGAUCUGGAGACAAACGCUACAUGUUAGUGGGACCCAGAAUGAGUGUUGGAUCUACCAUAGUUCCUGGAAGUCACGCAAACACACUUGUACUUCCUGAUAGGAGGAAAACAGCAAGUGACGUUUCUAUGGAGACGAAAGAGCAGUGCGGAAGGAGAAAAACAGAAAGAGGAGAGAAUCAGCCUUGAAGGGUGUUCACGUACCUCCCCUCCCCCCAUGUGCUCACACGCUCAUGAACCGUACACGCCCUUCUGAAACAUGCAGGCGUAUGCAUGUUAUUUUCAGCAUCAACUCUACUAAAAAAAUGAAAACACCAUUAGAUGAAUGCAGAGCACUAAAUAUGUGGAAAAGCCUUUUAAAAAUGCAGGGACCACACCUCAUGUGUUCUGUUGGCUGCUUCUGCUCAUGCAGCCAGCUCUCUGCUUCUCUCCACUCAGCCAGUUCCCCCUGACGUCCACGCUUCCUGCAGUUUCUCCAUUUUUUUUUUCUUUCAAAGGCAGCAAAUUAUUCUGAAUGAAAGGAAAGCUGUGUUAACAUUAGAUUCAUAAUGUAGUUUUUCAUAUUCAUGUUUUUAUUGUUUAUCUUUACAAACACCAAUUAAUUCACAGUAAAUAAUUCAUCAAAUUUGAUUAUCAUGGCUUCAGGGAAUGUAAAUGUUUAUGUAUGACAUCCAGAUGAUAAUUUAAUAAAGUCAGACUUCAAAAUGUCAUUAUGAUUUUUUUUUUUUUUUUUGUAUAUGACUUCUAUGAAUUUCCAUCUUUUUGAAUUUAUUCUUCAUUUAGGGCUGCACGGUGGUGGAGUGGUUAAUGCCUUUCCCUCACAGCAAGAAGGUCCUGGUUCAAAUCCCUGCCAGGAUCUUUCUGUGUGGAGUUUGCAUGUUCUCUCCGGCUUCCUCCCACAGUCCAAAAACAUGCUUCAUAGCUUGUUUGAUUACUCUAAAUCAUCCUUAAGAUAUGUGACAUUGCGACGGGCUGGUAACCUGCCCAGAGUGUUCCCCACUUUUCCCCAACAGUAGCCAGGUUAGACUCUGACAGGGUCAUGACCCCAAAAGGGAUAGAGUGCAUUAAAGAGAUGUGUUAAUGAGCUAUUUUUUGAUAACUUAAUCACUUUCCCCUUAAUUUAUUUAUUUAUUUUUAAUUAAGAAGCUAUUGCAAAUAACAACACUAAUCUUUUGUUUAGCUCUUAGAACAUAUGAAAAUGUUUUUUAGUCUCUGGAAAGCAGUCAAAAUCAUAAAAAAAAAAAAAAAAA